AUGACACAGAGCUUCCAAAGCCCUUCUAAAAUCAAGAUAGAUGACACCGACCUGUUCCACAAUAUCCAAAGCUUUCCAAGCAGCAUCCUCCCUCUGCAAGAAGGUGGGGAUGCGGAUUUGUACUUUUUUUUCCCCCUGAAUCAUCUAUGGUUGUAUUAUUUUUCUCCAGCUACCACUCAUGUGACAGUGAUGAAAGGAGACAUUCAAGACUACAAUCUGCUCCUUACUGCCAUGCGGGGAGUUCACGUGGUUAUUCACACAGCUGCUAUUGUGGACUAGAGAAGCACGGUGCCCUUUUGGGAAAUGAGAGCUGUCAACGUUGGAGGUACUGAAAAUAUGUUAAGGGGCUGCUGUAUCCUGAACGUCCCGUAUGUUGUCUACACAAGCUCCAUUGCUAUGGUGGGACCCAAUACAUCUCAUGAGCCCAUGUUCAGAGGAGAUGAGGACAUCAGAUACAGUGGGGAAGUGGAGCUGCCUUAUGGGAAGACAGAGGCCAUGGCAGAAAAACUUGUACUUGAAGCCAAUGGAAAAAAGAUACAAAACAGUGGUAAACUCACAAACUGCAUCAUCCAUGCAAACACAGUGUAUGGGGAGAAGGCAACAUUUCUUCAAGAAUUGUAUUUGCUUGCCAAAGCCAGGAACGGUCUGUUGAACUACCUGGAGCCUGAAAACACAGAGUGUAAUUACACGUACGUGGGGAACGUUGCAUGGAUGCAUGUUCUUGCAGCAAGGAAGUUGCACCUGAAACCAGACUUACUUGCCGGACAAGUGUAUUAUUCCUAUGACACUCCAACAAGAAAAGGUUUUCUGAUCAGGCAUCAGCUGCUGUCCUCUAUGGACCCCUCAGUAAGACCAGGCUCACACAUCUCUUACUGGAAGAUGUGGUCAGUGAUACAAUUGCACAGGAUAAUCAAGGUCAUCUUGUACCCUUUCUGGAAGCCACAGCCUUUCCUAAGCUUGCCUUUACUGCACACGAUAAUCACCACCUUCUCCUAUGAGACAGACAAAGCCUCCAGGCAUUUUGGGUACAAACCCCUCUUUACCUGGAAAGAGAGCAAGCACAGAACUGCACAGUGGUUGAAAGCAGCUGCAGGGAACCUGGAAACCAACCUGGAACCCCCCCCAGUUUGA